UGAUUAUCUCAUUCCUCCUCGAGCUCAGCUCGGUUAUGAUCCUACCCGGCCGGAUCCGAGUCCGAACUAGAGUCCUAAAUCAACAGCUCUGAUUGCACCAUCUCCCAUCUAUCAUGACUGCAGCUACUGCGGCUUCUACCUCUACAGCCACCUCUAACGAAACAGUGCGAAACGGGUCCUGCCUAUGUGGCGCAGUACGUUUUACAAUCAAAGGAGACCCAUUCCACUACCUCGUCUGUCAUUGUAAAAACUGUCAAAAAGCGAGCGGGUCUGCAUUCAUGACGAAUGUCUGGUUCAAGAAUGAGGCUUUCACGCUGAAUGCGGGCCAGGACGCGCUCAAGUUCUUCCAAGACACUGAUACUAAUACUGGCAAGCCUCUAAGCAGAUAUUUUUGCUCCAAUUGCGGCUCGAAUGUAUUUUUCCGCAUGUCUCCGGACCUUCCGAGGAGUGACAUUUACAUCGUGCAAGGUCCGGCAAUUGAAGGGAGUGAAAUCUGGGCUCCACGUAAAGAGUCGUUCUUGGCCAACAAACUGCCUUGGGUCAAACACCUUGAGACGAAACCGAAAGAGAAGAAAAGUAAACUGUAGAUAGUAUUGAUUUGCAUGGUAUUCUGCAUGGUUACCUGUUAAGAGAGAACCUGGAUUCCGUUCGACACAUACACUGUAAUAUACACAUCUCAUUUCGGAUUGAGA